AGUAAGUACAGGUUGGAUCUAUUCGCUGCGCCCUUGUAGCUUUGGUGUCAUAAAUAAGCUACAGUUCUCUAAGUGAAUUCAUGUCGAUGUGUGGACUCGCAUGUCCGCAGUGAGCUGAGCACCGCCUCUCCGUAACUUUGGAGAAGUCCUGAGACAGCAGCCGCUGCAGCAGCGCCAUGAGCGUGUGAACACACCCUGCCGCAGCAUAACAUCACCGGGAUUUAGCUAAGGACAUACGGCUGACCGCUGCUCGGUACAGCUCAAGUGAAAGAUGUCUCAGAAUGAUAAAGACACCGCUCCUGUCGCUCCUGUCUUGGGGUCUUUGUCGCCAGGACAGCUGCAGUCCCACCUUAAGAUGGAGCCCAAGACUCUGGGGGCCAUCCAGAUUGUGAUAGCAGCUCUGAUCCUGUGCCUGAGUGUGUCUGUGCUGAAUGUGCAUGAAGUGCACUUCACCGGGGACAUCGCACUCUUCCUCAUCGUUGUGAUACAGGUCACUCUCUCAGGGUCCGUGCUUAUCCACAGUGGGAGGAAGCCCACCUUGUUCUGGGUGAAAUGUGUACUGGUGCUGCAUCUGGUCAGUGCUGCCUUUGCCACAGCGGCCCUGGGGCUUAUGUCCAAGCACCUACCCUACCGCCAGGACUCGUACCACUGUGAGCACUGCCGCCGCCUGGAGCUACAUGCUGUGCAACAUUGUUUCAGGAAAUGCACCGGGCUGAUCGAGCAAAAAUGUAAAUUGCUCAUUGAUGGGAUCCUGGGCACCUUGGUGAUCUUCCUGGUCUUGGAGCUCCUCAUCUGCAUCACAGUCAUGCUCUUUGGGCUGAGCGUGUUAGCUGCUGGGGGGCGCCAGGCUGGCUCCCAACGCCCAGAAUACCCCCAGACACGCCCCCCUCCUGCCCCCGCUGUACCCAUUGCCCAGGCCACGCCCCCACUGUGCAGCCCAUCACAGGUGGCAGUGGUGGUGACUGAAGCAGACUCGGAGCAGGUGGAGGAUCUGUCCACUCCUCCCACUGAGCCUCAGGUAGAGCCUAUCGAUGUCAUUACUCCUGAGCCCUGAGCAGCAUCUGCCUCAACACCUGUGUAACACACACAGUGUCACACAUACAACAUUCUCACAAACACAGUGUUACACAUACAACAUUCUCACAAACAGUGUUACACAUACAACAUUCUCACAAACACAGUGUUACACAUACAACAUUCUCACAACACAGUGUUACACAUACAACAUUCUCACAAACACAGUGUUACACAUACAACAUUCUCACAAACACAGUGUUACACAUACAACAGUCUCACAAACACAGUGUUACACAUACAACAUUCUCACAAACACAGUGUUACAUACAGUGUUACACAUACAACAUUCUCACAAGCACAGUGUUACACAUACAACAGACAUGACCUUUGUCCACAAUGUUCACAUGUCCUCUGUCCACACUGGUUACAUGAUCGCUGUCAACAUUGGUCACAUAUCCUCUGUCCACAUGAUUCUGUCCAUACUGGUCACAUGACCUCUGCUAACACUGGCCAUGUCCACAUGACCUCUGCUGCAGCUGUAAAUAUGCAUCUUUUAAAAAUUAUUUGACUGUAUCUUAAUAUUCCUGUAUGUCUGACACUAUAGAGACUGUAUCUGAAAUGUAGCAAAUGUAGUUAUGGAGGGUAUGACCUCUGUUUCUAUAGGCUGUGGUUGCUCAAGGAUUAUCUCUGUUUGACCACAUAAUGAACUGUAAAUAUAUGAGGAAACUGUAUAUGUGGCCGGCAGCACUAAU